UAUAUACCCACACGUACCCUUCUAGAGACGAUAUUACUAUGGUCUCAAAACAAAAUGGCUUCUACCAAAUUAAUUUUCACGUUUGUAAUAGCUUUCUUGUUGUCCUUGUUCAUAUCCCCUUCUCAUUCCUUUUGGUCUUAUCCUCCAAAUGAUGAUGGUCUCAAGGUCUCUGCCAUUGAUUCUCCAAAGGUUAAUCUGUCUCUCUAUUAUGAUACUUUGUGUCAAAAUUGCUCUACUUUCAUCGUGACAAAUCUCACAGAAGUCUUCAACAAUGAUCUCAUCACUAUCAUCAAUCUCAGACUAGUCCCUUGGGCCAAUGCUUACAUUAAUAAAACUAACAAUGCCAUUGUUUGUCAGCAUGGACCUGAUGAAUGCUUACUAAAUACUUUGGAAGCUUGUGCUAUCAACGUGUGGCCCAAUGUGUUUCUGGCCAUUGAGAGAAAACACAAAGACUGGAAAAGUUGUUUUGACACGCUGGGGUUGAAUAAGACAUCCGUUUUGGACUGCUAUAUCAGUGGCAAUGGAACAAAGCUUCUACAAAAGUAUGCUGAUGAAACUGGCCAUUUAAGUCCACCUCAUAGAUUUGUGCCAUGGGUGGUUGUCAAUAAUCAACCACUCCAAGAGGACUAUAAAAAUUUUGCUACCUAUGUCUGCAAGGCAUUCAAAGGCAGUGGAGCACCUCAGGCCUGCAAAUCACUUGUACAUAAGAAGAUCAACUAGUUAGAUUAGAGGGCAUAUCCUAUUAAUUAACUUUGCCUUAAAUGUAAAAUAAGAAUAGCAGUUGUUCUUAACAGUUUCUAAAGGCAACAAAAAAUAUCAUGUGUAAACCUUUGUGAUGGACGCUUCAAAAUGAUUUCCAAUAUUAAUAUGCAAGAAAAAUCCAGAGGCUGACCAAGAGGAAUAACCUAAUCAUCAAAUUAUAAUUUACUCAUAUUUCAUUUU